UUCACUAGCAAGGAAAGCUCCACGUGCAGCUUACGUUCCUGCGCCUUUUCUCUUCUUCCGCCCUUUGCCGCUCUGGCGACAGAAACCGGGCAGUGAUGUCAUUCGUGUGCGUCCCGCCCGUUUCCGCUUGGGAGCGAGAGUGACUUCUUUGCAAGAUGGCGGCGUCUCUGUUGAGAUUAGCUGGCCGGCGCUGCCUCUGCACCCCUUUCAGUCCUGGAUUCUCCAUGCAAAGGGUGGCCCCCACGGCAACGACAGCAAAGGAGGAGAUGGCCCGGUUCUGGGACAAGAACACUCGCUCAAACCGCCCUCUGUCUCCCCACAUCACCAUCUACAGUUGGUCUCUGCCUAUGGCGAUGUCCAUCAGCCACCGUGGGACUGGGAUCGCAAUGAGUCUAGGGGUCUCUCUCUUUGGCUUGAGCGCCCUGGUUCUUCCAGGGACCUUCCCUGACUAUGUGGACUUCAUCAAGACCCUUAACUUGCCAGCUGCUCUCAUCUAUUCAGGGAAGUUUGCCCUGGCGUUCCCCCUGACCUACCAUGCCUGGAAUGGAAUCCGGCACCUGGCUUGGGACAUGGGCAAAGGGUUCAAGAUCCCCCAGGUCUACCAGUCCGGCGUCUUGGUCCUGGUGCUGACGGUUUUGUCUUCCAUUGGGAUUGCAGCGAUGUGAAAUCCGGAGACGUGGGGGGCAGGGUCCUUCCCCCUAGUUCCCCCCCACGCACACUCUGAAGUCUUCUGUUCCUCCACUUCAUCAACAUUUUUUGACUGAGGUCUCAUGGGGAGAGAGAAACGGGGGAGGGGGGCAGGGCGAGCCCUUCCCCCCACAGAUGGGUACACAACUUUACGUUGAAAUGCAGCUGUUCUUUGCAGGAUUAUUGUAGACCGUUCUUUUGCCAUGCCCUGCUCUUAUGGGCAGCUUCCCUGAGACAGAAGACACCAGACUCUUGAUGGCUAGGGAUCCCCAGGUAGUGAUUGGCUAAGAAGCCACCGUACCCACAAUGCUUUGUGAGUCACUGUUCGCCUUGGCCUCUCUCUCUCCUCUCCCUCAGGCACCAUCCUGUAGCUUGAGACAAUACAAGGCUUUGUACCCAGCUGGGGGAGGAGGGCACACCAGCAGCGCAGCGUGUGAGUGAACGUGUGGGUCUAUUUCUGAAAGGACCACUGUCCCCGUUGAUGGCUGGCAGCGAACGCAAGCAAGGCCACCUCCGGCAACCGUCCUGGGCCUCGGGGCAGCAGUUGUCAGGCUUCGGGCCUGUCGCUCACGGCUCUGCCGCCUGUUGUUGCCAUGACAACUUGCUGACACGUCGCAUUGCUUUCUUUGUAGGUGUGGGUCGCUCGCCGGCCCUGUGAAAACACCAGCAUGCAUGGCAAAGGGAAAGAAGUGGUAUACUUUUGGGGUAGGGUGUUGGGGCACGGUUUCUGUUGGCCCUAAAUUUGAGGCAGAGGGGGAGGGGACAGGAUCAACCAGCCAGGCCCACUUGAGAUCAAUUUUUACGUUUCCUCAGCUUCCUGACAAGAGCCAUCCACCUAGACGAUCCUGGCUGAACAAAUGGCUCUCUCUGUCAUUGGGUGCACCUCUGUUAACCGCCGCUGUCAAAACGCUAAAACCUUCCCUCCCUCCGGGCCGGCCAGGGCCAUGGUUUCAGAACGUGGCCAUUUUGCAGAGCUGGUGCCCAUUCUAAUAAUAAACUGGCCUCAGCUGUUCAUGGGGCAUGGUGGAGCUGCCGGUCUGAUCUUUUGUACGCUUCCAAAUAAAAACAGUUACAAAGGUG